AUGGGUCUCGUGGACCCUUGCCGCUCCAAAUCUGCCGGAUUGGAGAUUAGGAGGGUUCAUGGGGAUGCGUUUCGUCCUGUUGCUUCCCGGGCUGCUGAAGGUAAAUCCUGGGGCAGACUGUGCGAUGAGUCCCACUGUAUCCCGAGUUCUCCUCGAGCUGCUGCUGUGGCUGCUUUUAGACUUUUAACAGGACACGAUUCUCUCGAUGCCUAUUUGUUCCGCUUUCACCUGAAGGAUUCCCCGCCCUGCACUUUAUGCAACUCUGGACAACUCCCGCUGGCCGAAGACUCAUCGGAGUGCGAUCUGGAUUGCGACGAUUCGGAUUCCGUAAUGCCGGUUUGUGGGAAUGACGGCCGGACGUACGAGUCUCUCUGCGACAUCGAGAGAGCGAAGUGUCAGGGGCAUCCGGUCGAGCUGAAACACAACGGAAAAUGUGUCGACAGGGCGCGAUGCGAGGCCCAGAGGAGGCUGAUGCUGGCCCAGGGUGCCAAGGUGGGAAUGUUCGUGCCAGAGUGCAAGGCGGACGGCAGCUACGCCGAGGUACAGUGCCACCUGUCCACUGGUUACUGUUGGUGCGUGGACGAGGCGGGAAAACCCGUCAGGGGAUCCUCCAUGCAGAACGAAAAGCCCAACUGCGCCGGAAAAGGUCGCAGAACCAAUCGGAGACGAUCUUCCAGGGGAAGAAAAAACAGAAAAGGUUGCAGUUCCAAUGACCGAGCCAGUUUCAAUGCCAACCUCAUCGACAUCUUCCAGUCGGAGUAUAACAGAGUUCCACACUCGACAAUCACCGUGUCACCCGGAGACGAUCCUUUGAGAGACACUCACGAGAAACAGGUGAUCCAGUGGAAGUUCGACGAGCUAGACGACAACGGAGACACCUACCUGAAGAGGAAGGAGAUCCGGGACCUGCGCCGGAUGGCCAAGAGGAUCGUGAAGCCCAAAUCUUGCGCCAAGACCUUCGCCAAAUUCUGUGAUCUUGACCAGGACAAGAAGAUUUCCAGGUCCGAAUGGUCUGUCUGCGUCGGUGUCGAUAUCAACAACGAGCAGGUGAAUGGGGUGGACGACUUCCUCGAUGAUGCCCCCAAAGCCCCCGAAGAGGAGGACAUCCGUCCCGUGUCCACGGAGGAGCCUUGGGACAGCGAGAAGCAUGUCCACCAACUACGUCCCGACGGGACGCAGCCGUCCCUGGAUAAAGAUGCGGAGGAGACCUCCAAGGAGGAAGUAGAGCCCCAGGACUGCGUGAGUGCGCGGCGCACCGCCAUGGACAACCACCGGGCGAACCCUUCGGCCGGCAUCUACGUGCCCGAGUGCACUUCGGAGGGGCUCUACGCCCGCGCACAGUGCCACAAGUCGCCCCAGUACUGCUGGUGCGUGCAGCCGCGCACGGGACGCCCAAUCAAGGGCACGGCCACGCAGGGCGUGCGCCCCGACUGCGACAGUGCGCGGAGGGGCCUCAAGAACUUCAAAGGUUGCUCAAUGCACAAGAAACAAGAGUUCCUCGACGAAUUGGUUCAGUCAUUCAUUCGAGAGAUGCUGGAAGAUGCUCACAACAAAUCGAUAGCAAUUGAUACUCCAACGUCAGAAAAGGGGGCGAGGUGGAAGUUUGCUUCGAUAGAUAUCAACUCAAACUCAGUACUAGACAAGCGCGAAUGGAAAGUGUUCAAGAAAGAGUGGCGCUCUUUUCAGCAAAGGGAUGGGCGCCAAAAGAAGCAGCGUCUGCGCAAGUGCUGGCGCAACCUGCCCCGUUUCUGCGACGAGAACGACAACCAGAAGAUCACGAUGGACGAAUGGCUCGCCUGCACCAGUGUCACCAGGGAUAUCAAGACCAGUCUUCCUAGGAACCAGAACCGGCGAGGAAAGAAUCCCUUCAGCACCAUCUUGAAAAGUGACUGAACGGUUCAGUCGCCAUCCCUAUGGACCAGUGUACACGUGCUCUCUCUUCGCCAAUCGGAAACGAGACUGACCACAACGAAGAUGUCAAUA